AUGAGAGCUUCUCCGGCAGCAAUACUCUCACUCUCAGUCUCCUUAACCAUUCCACUACCUCUUGCUUCAAUCAAAACUCGUUUCUCCGGCGAACAUCUUCGAUUCAAACAAAAUGUUUCCAGUAAUCAGAGUUUCUCACGGCCAGGACGUCUCGUCUCACAGAAAUCUAGCAGAAGAUGGAGCUUCUGCUGCAAAUGCCGGAACAGAGAAAGAAAUGGUUACGCGAAAUCGGAAGCUCCUAACGAAGGAGAAGAUUUCAUUGUUGUAAACUUCUACCGGUUUGUAUCAAUCGGAGAUCCAUCGGCUGAGAUUGCGAAGCACCUUUCUUUCUUAAAGGAUUUGAAUAUACGUGGCCGGAUAUAUCUCAAUGAACAAGGAAUUAACGCACAGUACAGUGGGCCGUCUAAAGACGCUCUGGCAUAUGUUGAAUGGGUGAAAGAAGAUGAGAGAUUCUCGGAUUUACUUGUCCAGAUGUCUCCUGCUAUCAAUGGCCAUGCGUUCCCUAAGUUGAAGCUACAGAACAAACCUUCCUUAGUGCAGUAUGAAGGAGGAAUCUCACACCUUCCCCUGCUUGAUCCACCAAUGCGAGCAAAACCCUUAGAACCAUCUGAAUGGAAAAGAAAACUGAAAGACUUAACGGAUGACGAUGAAGCGUCAGCUUCAAGUAGUGGCAGAAGCUGCAUAUUAUUGGAUGUCAGAAACGGUUAUGAGUGGGAUGUUGGUCAUUUUCGUGGGGCACAUAGACCUGAAGUUGAUUGCUUUCGGAACACUUCUUUUGGGCUAUCUGAUGAAAAGGAAGCUCCUUUAGACCCUUUGAUAAAUGUUGACAAGGAAAAGACAGAUAUACUUAUGUACUGUACUGGAGGUAUACGUUGCGAUGUAUAUUCAACAGUCUUGAGACAGCGGGGUUUCAAGAACCUGUAUACACUCAAGGGUGGAGUUUCCCAUUAUCUUGAAGAAGAAGGCACUGCUGAAUGGGUUGGAAAUCUGUUUGUGUUCGACUCUCGUCUCUCUCUCCCACCAGCUGCCUACAGUAACAACGCCAUGAGUGAUGAAGCCACAGAAACUCCACAAACGCCCGUGGAUACAACUACAAGUUUUGCAAGGUGUUAUAUAUGUGAAUCACAAGUUCAGGAACUGAGACAUCGAAACUGUGCUAACCUUGACUGCAAUCGGCUUUUCUUAUGUUGUGCAGAAUGUGUCGUCGACUUGAAGGGAUGUUGCUGUUCAAACUGCAUUACUGCCCCAAGACUUAGACCUGUCUUGCAUGGAGUAAAGAGAUAUGAAAAAUGGCAUGUAUACCGCGAUUCAUAA